CUCUCUCUCUCUCUCUUUGCGUCUCCCAACGUCUCCAUUGUCUUAGGCUUAAUUUCCCAUUCUUUGUUUUCUAUAGUCUAUAGGAUUGGAAAGAGGUAAAGAGGAGGAAGAGGAAAAGGAAGAAGGGAAGGGGAUUUGGCAUGGAGAUGGGCGGCGGGAACUCGCUGCCGGGCGUGGGGCCGGACGCGACGAAUCGGAAGGUGUGCUACUUCUACGACUCGGAGAUCGGGAACUACUACUACGGGCAGGGCCACCCGAUGAAGCCGCACCGGAUCCGGAUGACGCACGCCCUCCUCGCACACUACGGCCUCCUCAGCCACAUGCAGGUCUACAAGCCCAACCCCGCCCGCGAUCGCGACCUCUGCCGCUUCCACGCCGACGACUACGUUGCCUUCCUCCGCUCCAUCUCCCCGGAGACCCAGCAGGACCAGAUCCGCGCCCUCAAGCGCUUCAACGUCGGCGAGGACUGCCCCGUCUUCGACGGUCUCUACUCCUUCUGCCAGGCCUACGCCGGCGGCUCCGUAGGCGGCGCCGUCAAGCUCAACCACGGCCACGACAUCGCCAUCAACUGGGCCGGCGGCCUCCACCACGCCAAGAAGUGCGAGGCCUCCGGAUUCUGCUACGUCAAUGAUAUCGUCCUCUCCAUCCUUGAGCUCCUCAAAUACCACGAGCGUGUGCUAUACGUGGACAUCGAUAUCCAUCAUGGAGAUGGUGUGGAGGAGGCCUUUUACACAACCGACCGAGUAAUGACAGUUUCAUUCCACAAAUUUGGAGAUUACUUUCCUGGAACAGGGGACAUACGUGAUAUUGGAUAUGGGAAGGGGAAAUAUUACUCUCUGAAUGUUCCAUUAGAUGAUGGAAUAGAUGAUGAGAGUUAUCAAUCUCUUUUUAGACCCAUUAUGGGAAAAGUGAUGGAAGUCUUCCGGCCUGGUGCAGUGGUACUUCAGUGUGGUGCUGAUUCGUUAUCUGGAGAUAGGUUGGGCUGUUUUAACCUUUCUAUUAGAGGCCAUGCAGAGUGUGUGAGAUAUAUGAGAUCUUUCAAUGUGCCAUUAUUGCUGGUAGGUGGGGGUGGAUAUACUAUCAGGAAUGUUGCUCGCUGUUGGUGUUAUGAGACAGGAGUUGCACUUGGAAUAGAAGUUGAUGACAAGAUGCCUCAACAUGAAUAUUAUGAGUAUUUUGGACCAGAUUAUACUCUCCAUGUUGCACCAAGUAAUAUGGAGAAUAAGAAUUCACGCCAGCAAUUGGAUGAGAUCAGAGCAAGGCUUCUAGAUAAUCUUUCAAAGCUUCGUCAUGCUCCUAGUGUCCAAUUUCAGGAACGGCCACCUGAUACAGAGUUCCCAGAGCCAGAUGAAGAUCAAGAGGAUCCAGAUGAAAGACAUGAUCCUGAGUCUGACAUGGAAGUGGAUGAUUCCAAGCAUCCAGAAGAUUCAUCCUGGAAACCUUUUUCGAAUAAUAUCCAAAACAUGAGAAUAAAAAAGGAAAAUAUGGAUCGUGAGCUUAAAGAUCAGGAAGCUCAAAAGGUAGUUGGAGAUAAUGCGAAAGCUGUGGAACCCAUGGCUGAGGAGGUCUCAGGCCUUAAGGCUCCGGAUGUUACUCCCAUGGCCGUCGAUGAUCCUGGGAGUGUAAAGGUCGAACAGGACAGUCAAAACAAGAUGUCUGAUGCCGCAGCUUUUAUGCACCAGAAAUCCUGAGCAUCCACCGAUAUCGGUAUUCAUCAUUCUUAACCAAGCUGGAUGUAAACAACCAGAAUAUGGUAGUGCAAAGAUGAAAUUGAAUCUGCGCUUAAAAGUGUCAUCAUCCUAUGCUAAAACACAAUUUGAUGUGUAAUGUGAUUCUCGUUUUAGUUGUACAGUUGAAAUAGAAUGAUCCUAGACAAUUAGGAACUUCUUAA